AUGGCUCCUUUUGAGGCAUUGUAUGGAAGGAAGUGUAGAAGUCCAAUUUGCUGGAAUGAUUUCAGUGAAAAUGUAGUAUUGGUGACAAAAUUUAUGGAGGAGACUGUUAAGAAUGUCUUACUGAUUCAGAAUAGAAUUCAAGCUGCUCAGGAUAGACAGAAGAGUUAUGUUGAUUUAAAGCGAAGAGAAGCAGUGGGUGAUAAAGUGUUUUUGAAAGUGUCACCAACUAAAGGAAUGAUGAGAUUUGGGAAAAAGGGCAAAUUAUGUGCUAAAUAUGUUGCCUCAUAUGAAAUUUUGCAAAGAAUUGGGAAGGUAGCUUAUAAGUUGGCUUUGCUAAUGGAAUUCGAGAAAAUGCACGAUGUGUUUCAUAUUUGCCAACUCAAGAGAUAUAUUCCUGAUAAGAGUCAUGUUUUGGAGCGUAAAAGAAUCCAAAUUGACAGGAGCUUCACAUAUGAGGAAAGGCCUGUGAGAAUUUUGGAUAAAAAGGUGCGUAGUACACACAAUAAGAAUGUGAAUGUCGUGAAAGUGCUUUGGUCUAACCAUGAGUCUGAAGAGGCAACGUGGGAAGGCAAAGACGAAAUGAAGAAGAAGUAUCCUAAGUUCUUCCUUGAGGGCAUGCCCAAAGGACUGUUACCCCUUGCCAAGGAUAGAUCAAUUGGUGGAUUCCACCAGCGGUUAGCUGUUGGCGACUAA